CUAAUUUGGCCAUAUGUAUUUUUUUAUUUUCCUCUAAAUCAAUACGCCUUUACUAUCUUGGUCAAUCUUGGAGGCUCCGCGAAUAAAAAAAGCUAAUCUGACAAAAGAAAGUAGGCAAUUGUCCAAAAAAAGCACCAAGUAACAACAAAUUUGCCACUUGAAAUAUUUUUUCACACCCCUUUUCUGCUUCCUAGUUUGCACGGCAUCAAUUUCUGGAUCAGAUCUGCCGGUAUCGAUGGACAGUACACCUGGAGAAGCAAAUUCAGAGGCCGAUUUGAACAAAACAGAGUUGGAGGAGGAGGAGAAGGUGAAAUACAAAGGAGUACGGAAGCGCAAGUCAGGAAAGUUCGCGGCGGAGAUCGGAGAUCCGAAAAAACGCGGUAACGUUUGGCUGGGGACCUUUCUUUCUCCAAUUGAAGCUGCAAAAGCUUAUGAUAAAGCUGCUUUUAAAAUGCGUGGGCCCAAAGCCAACCUUAAUUUUCCACUUGACUUUGGGAUUUCACCGGAGGACUCAACUAAAACUGAGACUGCCACCGUCGGCCGGAAAAGAACCAAAGAUGUUAGCCAGGCGGAGCCGGAGGCAAAAGAUAACGGAGACGAUAAUUGUCCCGUCAAGUUACAUGACGGUUCAGGACCAUCAUCCCCCGGUGGUGGCUCGAUGUCUCCGCAGUCGCCCUCUCCUAUCCGCCAGUCAGCGCCGAUCGUGUUAAGUACUGACGAUGGUAAGAGAGAUUAUUUCAAGUGGACGGAUGAGUAUCUGGUGGCCAUGUGUGAUAUCUUAAACAAGCACCUUACCAUCAACGGCAGAAAUUCUCCGUUUAAAUGGGCUGAUCUUCAGCUGGAGUUUGAAAAAGUUAGUCACCAUAAGUUUAAGAGUUUUACAGCUUUAAGAAGCAAGUAUGAUGCAAUGCGAGCAAGGUAUAAUCUUUGGAAGUCGUUGAAGAAUGGUGAAACCGGUCUGCGUUGGAAUGAAAGUACAGGGAAGCUGGAUUGCUCGGAUGAUUGGUGGGAAAAGAAAAUUAAGGAAAAUCCGGAAUUUAAAUUAGUUCGGAAAAAACAACCGUCUAGAGAGUUGCAGGAGGCAUGGGAUCAGUUAUUUGAGGAGGCAGCUGCCGAUGGAGUAGAUUAUGUGGCACCAAUUGUAGACCUGAACCAGGCACAUCAUGUCGAUAGUGUGGCACCCUCUGUAGACCCAAAUAAGUUGAAUCAGGUACAUCAUAUGACUCUUGAGGAUGAUGACGAGGAGGAUCGCGUAGUUGAUUCUUCAGAACACGCCCUAAAGUCUUCUCAAUUUGGAAACAUGGAAACUGAAGAGGCCACCUCCUUUUCAAAUUUUGCAAACGCGGUGAGACGAGAAGAGGGUGUAGCACCAAACCAAGGUGACGGAUGUACACCGUCUCAAAAGAUUGUCAAGACGAGUACUAAACCUAAACCUACUCCAAUAAAGUGUAAAACGACAGAGUCAGAGAGAGCUACAAUGUUUAAGGAGUAUAUGACCCGACAAAAUGCUACUCAACAGCGUGCUUUGAAAAUACUGAAGACUUGUGAAGUUAGUGAUUUUAGUAUUAGCUCGUCGAUAGGAGUGAUUAACCGUAUGGUUGAAGACGGAUUAAUGACAUCAUGUAGUGAGUUGUGGUGCUUUGCAGUGAAUUUGUUUGAAGAUGAUGUGAAAAGAGAAUUGUUUAUGAGUCUGCCGAAUGAUGUUGGUAGGCUGGCUUGGCUGCAGUAUAAGCAUAAUCUAGCCAACUAAACUAAAGUUUCUUCUUUCUAUGUAGCUGAUAUAACGUUAUGUCUUUAGUAUGGAUACUUAACUUUUUUUUUUCUUCUGAAUUUAAUCUCCUGCUACUUUAACCUUC